CCGUCUCCUCGGCCGGUCUGGUCUCUCACCUCCCAGCGUGUUGAUUCGCCUCGCUUUCAUUCUCUUAACCCCCGCGGUGUUGCUUGAAUUGGUGUCUGCAAAGCCUGCUGGUUCAGCUUUGCCCUUAAUCCUGCCCUUAAUCUUGCCCUCAGCUCGCCAGUCGACUGUGUUCCGGUCCUUUCCCUUGUCCGCAUUUCCCUUUCGGAUUGAUUCCGAAUUACGGUUCUAUCGAAUCUAUACUUAAUCAACACACGAUGCCGGCCGCUCCGAAGAAGAAAUCUACCUCGACCAACGUGAUGUCGACCAAGAUGAUCGAGUCGCAGUCAUCGUCCGGGAGUGAGGAGGCCUCGGGACUCAUGGAUAAGGCCGCUGUCAAGCUGCACAAACGGUCUCGUUCCGGAUGUUUUACGUGCCGUCUGCGUCGGAAGAAGUGUGACGAGAAACACCCGUCCUGUGGAGCCUGCAACAACCUCAACGUGAAAUGCGAAUAUAAGCGCCCCAUCUGGUGGGGGAAUGCCGAGCAGCGGAAGAUCCAGAAGGAGCGCAUCAAGAACAAGAUCAAGCAGACCAAGAUGAAUGAACGCAAUGGGACCAUGACUGUCGAUGCGUCGGGCCACAGCCGCAGUAUCACGGUCACAUCGCCCACCGCAACCGAGUUCGAAUUUGGCCGUCCCGUCUUCCCCGAGCAGUACGACAUCUUCUCUUCCUCCCAUAUGCCGACCCCCGUCAUGUCCCAAGCUCUCUAUCCGCAGUGCACCCCCUACGAGGUUGACGUCAAGACCGAGCGACACACCUUCGUCAACGACGUGCCCCUGCGCCACGACUCAUCGACGUCCACCUUCAGCUCCUUCGCGCCCCCACAGUUGAAUGCCCCCCUGCCCACUUUCCCAGGCGAGGAGUGGUUCCACGACGAGUACUUCGGCCAGGCACAGCCCGCCCUCCCGGGUAUCGACCCGACCCUCUGCGACCCCAGCCUCGACCAGACGUACGCCCUCCUGCAAGCCAACAUUCCCGUGUCCGACCACGACCGGCCGCUCCUCGACCACUUCAUCCACAACGUGCUGCGCAUGAUCUUCCCCGUACUAGAGGCGCACCAGCGCGGGCACCUGCGCGCGCAAGCCAUCCUGCAGGCGCUGGAGACGAACCGGUGCUACCUGCACUGCUGCCUCAGCGUGGCCGCCAUCCACCUCAAGACCACCGAGGGGAUCGUCGGCGAGCAGAUCGACCACGACAUAAUGCGCCACCGGUUUGAGGCGGUGUCGCAGUUGUGCCAGGCGCUCAGCGAGGACACCAAGCAUGAGGAGAUCCUAGACGCCACGCUCGCCAUGAUCUUCUUCCACUGCUCCGUGGGACCCGCCGACGACAAUCUGCCCGAUAUCCCCUGGUUCGACCACUUCCAAGCGGCCUCCAACUUGGUGCAGCGGCUAGGUCUCUCCGGGGCCGUCGGCACGCCGUACAUGCUGCCCCCCUUCAACAUGACCCUCACCUCGUGGAUCGACAUCCUAGGCGCAACCAUGCACGGCCGCACCCCCGAGUUCGCGCACACCUACCGCGCCAAGCACCUAAGCGGGUCAUCGUCGGGCCUCCGCGAACUAAUGGGCUGCGACGACCGGGUGAUGUACCUAAUCUCAGAGAUCAGCUGCCUAGAGGCCCUCGCCGGCGAAGGCCGCAUCGACCCGAUGGGCGUCUGCUCGCACGUCUCAGCACUAGGCCGCCAACUAGAGUUCACCGAGCCAGCCGACCAAACCCUGGAGAGCCCCUUCUCGCCCACGACAGGCCUCCUACGACCCGAGAUCCUAACCAAGAACAUGACAGCCGUCUUCCGCAUCGCCGCGCGCAUCUACCUCUGCAGCCUGGUCCCCGGCUUCGACCGCCACCAGCACAGCAACCUCAACCUGGUCGCCGCGCUGGCCACAACUCUGCAAUACAUCCCAGGCGGACCCGAGGGCUACGACCGAUCCCUGGUAUGGCCGCUUCUAAUCGCAGGAGCCCACUCCGUGCCGGAGAGCCCGCUGCGUCUGGUCCUCGGCGAGCGCGUGGCCGCGCUAGGUGAACACGCCGACCUGGGCAGCUUCGGCCGCAUGUACCGCCUACUGCAGGAAGUGUGGCGCGUCAACGACGAGCCGCCCGUGCCCUCCCUGGAGGAGAACCCGGGCCUAUCGUCUGGUUCAGCGCCGUCCAGCCCUGUGCUGAAACUGGAGGAAGGGGUCGAGGGAGAUGUCGUGGAUGGCGUGGAGCGCGAUUCACACUCCCCUGACCAGAGUGUCGAAUGGGGUGUAUCGUCCGAGAUGAACAAACCGAUGGCGGUGCACUGGCGCGAGGUGAUGCACCGAAACGGAUGGAACUACCUUUUGCUGUGAUUCUGGCUUGAUUUUUCUUCUUAUUCUUAUUCUUUCUUGUUUACAAGAAUUGGUGGUAGUCACCAAUUACGAGAAUCAGCCACUCCCUGGUUUCUCCCCUACCCUCCCUCGAGAGGGGAACUAGCGGGUCUGGCACGGGAGAGCAGUCGUUUCGAAUCAAGACGGGAGAGUCAACUCCAACCCCCACACCACAUCCCCAGGGAAUCGUCCCGACCCAGGGCUAAUCCAACCAAUGGCCCGUCCCGACGACCUUUCAACACCCACCCUGGGUCACUGUUCCCUUCUCGUGGGAUGUGACUUCCGUCUGAGCGUCUGACAUGUCGAAAGGGAAGUGGCUAUCUCGAGUCAAUCGUUUGGGACUCAUGCGGGAUGCAUUGCGGGAACGAUGCAUUGACGGCGCUUUUGGAUUUUGGUGUUUGUGUUUGUGUGUGAUUGAGUGAGUGAGUCUUUGAAUGAGUGAGUGAGUGAGUGAGUGAGUGAGCGUGUGUGGAGAGGUGAGGUAGGGGAUUGCUUGGUGGUUAUGCUUUGGAACGAUAUACCCUCUUUUGAGUACGAGUAGACAUGAUAUCAUGUUAUAUGUGGGGCAUUAUGGGAGUUAUGUAGGAGCUAGGCUUAUAUGUGAAGACUUUCUGGUGGA